CCUGCCUGUCAGCAACCCACCCAAAAAUAGACAGGAACUUACUCAUUAACCGUCCGCAAUGGCUGCCACCGGAGUCCUUCCCUUCAUUCGAGGGGUAGACCUAAGUGGAAAUGAUUUUAAAGGAGGUUAUUUUCCUGAACAUGUCAAAUCCAUGUCCAGCCUCCGAUGGCUGAAGCUGAACAGAACGGGCCUCUGUUAUCUUCCAGAGGAGCUGGCCUCACUCCAGAAACUGGAGCAUUUGUCAGUGAGCCACAACAGCCUGACAACUUUACAUGGUGAACUUUCCAGUCUUCCGUGCCUCAGGGCAAUCGUGGCCCGAGCAAACAGCCUAAAGAACUCGGGUGUUCCAGAUGACAUUUUCCAAUUGGAUGACCUCUCGGUGCUGGAUCUGAGCUACAACCAGCUGACUGAAAUUCCCAGAGACCUUGAAAACUCGAGGAACAUGCUUGUCCUCAACCUCAGCCACAACAGUAUUGACAACAUACCCAACCAGCUGUUUAUUAACCUCACGGACCUGCUGUACCUGGAUGUGAGCGACAAUAAGCUGGACAGCCUUCCCCCUCAGAUGAGACGCCUGGUCCACUUACAGACCUUGAUACUGAACAACAACCCCCUCAUGCAUGCCCAGUUACGGCAGCUCCCCGCUAUGGUGGCUCUACAAACUCUACACCUGAGAAACACACAGCGCACCCAGAGCAACUUGCCCACAAGCAUGGAGGGCCUCACCAAUCUGGCAGAUGUGGACCUAUCUUGCAAUGACCUGACCAGGGUGCCAGAGUGCCUUUACACUCUGUCCAACCUGAAGAGGCUGAAUCUGAGCAGCAACCAGAUCUCGGAGCUGUCGCUCUGCAUCGAUCAGUGGACACAGAUGGAGACCCUCAACCUCUCCCGCAACCAGCUGACCUCCCUGCCUUCCACCAUCUGCAAGCUGGCCAAGCUGAAGAAGCUGUAUUUGAACUCAAACAAACUGGAUUUCGAUGGCAUCCCGUCUGGGGUCGGCAAGCUGUCCUGCCUGGUGGAGUUCAUGGCAGCCAAUAACAACCUGGAGCUUAUCCCCGAAGGCCUAUGCAGGUGUGGGAAACUGAAGAAGCUGGUCUUGAAUAAAAACCGCCUUGUAACUUUGCCAGAGGCAGUCCAUUUCCUCACAGAUCUGGAGGUCCUUGACGUGCGGGAUAACCCCAACAUGGUGAUGCCCCCGAAGCCCGUGGACCGAACGGCCGAGUGGUACAACAUCGACUUCUCUCUGCAGAACCAGCUCCGCCUGGCCGGGGCUUCCCCUGCCACAGUGGCUGCGGCUGGUGGAGGUAACAGCCCCAGAGACCCAAUGGCCAGGAAGAUGAGGCUGAGGAGGCAGAGGAAGGACUCGGCCCAGGACGACCAGGCCAAGCAGGUUCUGAAGGGCAUGUCAGACGUGGCCCAGGAGAAGAACAAGUCCAUUGAGGAGAACGGCGAUCUGCGGUACUCGGACCUGAAGGUCCGGCGGUGGGACAAGAGCCUGGAGAAGCCUCCGCUGGAUUACUCAGAGUUUUUCCAGGAAGACGUGGGCCAGAUUCCCGGCCUCUCCGUGUGGCAGAUCGAGAACUUCAUCCCCAUGCAGGUGGACGAAGCCUUCCUCGGGAAGUUCUACGAGGCCGACUGCUACAUCGUGCUAAAGACCUUCCUGGAUGAAAACGGCGCGCUGACCUGGCAGAUCUUCUACUGGAUCGGCCAGGAGGCAACGCUGGACAAGAAGGCAGGCUCCGCCAUCCACGCUGUCAACCUGCGCAACUACCUGGGGGCAGAGUGCCGGACCAUCCGGGAGGAGAUGGGCGACGAGUCGGAGGAGUUCAGCGCGGUCUUUGAUAGUGAGAUCUCUUACAUUGAGGGAGGAACUGCCAGUGGAUUCUACACUGUGGAAGAUUCGCAGUAUGUGACGAGGCUGUACCGGGUUUAUGGUAAGAAGAACAUAAAGCUGGAAUCUGUUCCUCUGAGGGCUCCGUCCCUGGACCCACGUUUUGUCUUCUUGCUGGAUGCUGGUUUGGUGAUUUAUGUGUGGAGAGGAGCAAACGCCACUCUGAGUGCCACUACCAAAGCCAGGUUGUUUGCUGAGAAGAUUAAUAAGAAUGAGAGGAAGGGCAAAGCGGAGAUAACCUCGCUAUUCCAGAACCAGGAACCUCCGGAAUUCUGGGAAGUUCUCGGGGGCCAGCCUGAGGAGAUCCGGAAACAUGUGCCCGAUGACUUCUCUCCUGUUCGGCCAAAACUCUACAAGGUGGGGCUUGGUCUGGGCUACCUGGAGCUUCCUCAGAUCAACUACAAGCUGUCCGUGGAGCACAAGGACAAACUGAAGUUGGACGUUCUCCCAGAGCUGAGACUGCUGCAGAGCCUGCUGGACACCAAAGGCGUGUACAUCCUGGACUGCUGGUCGGACGUGUUCAUCUGGAUCGGGCGCAAGUCUCCCCGGCUGGUGAGGGCAGCCGCCCUGAAGCUGGGCCAGGAGGUGUGCAGCAUGCUGCACCGGCCCAAACACGCCGUGGUCAUCCGCAACCUGGAGGGCACCGAGUGCCAGGUCCUCAAGUCCAAGUUCAAGAACUGGGAUGACGUGCUGAAGGUGGACUACACGCGGAACGCAGAGACGGUUUCUCAGAACGUGGGCCUUUCCGGGAAGGUGAAGAAGGACUCGGAGAAGAAGGAUCAGAUGAAGGCCGACCUGACCGCUCUCUUCCUCCCCCGGCAGCCGCCCAUGCCCCUCGCUGAGGCAGAGCAAAUGAUGGAGGGGUGGAAUGAGGACCUGGACGGGAUGGAAGGAUUUGUUUUGGUGGGGAAGAAGUUUGCCCGUUUGCCCGAAGAAGAGUUUGGCCACUUCCACACGCAGGACUGCUACGUGUUCCUCUGCAGGUACUGGCUGCCGGUUGAGUAUGAGGAUGAUGAGGAGAACAAGGGUAAGGGUAAGGACAAGGCGAAGGACGAAGAGGAUGGCGAGGAUGAGGAGAAGCAGGCGGAGGAGGACUUCCAGUGUGUGGUGUACUUCUGGCAGGGGCGCGAGGCCUCCAACAUGGGCUGGCUCACCUUCACCUUCAGCCUGCAGAAGAAGUUUGAGAGCCUCUUCCCUGGCAAACUGGAGGUGGUGCGCAUGACUCAGCAGCAGGAGAAUCUGAUGUUCCUCUCCCACUUCAAGAGGAAGUUCAUCAUCCACAAGGGCAAGAGGAAGCAAAAGGAUGACAGUGUGCAGCCCAGCCUCUAUCACAUCAGGACUAACGGCAGUGCCCUUUGCACCAGGACAAUCCAGAUCACCACAGACUCCAGCAACCUCAACUCUGAAUUCUGUUACAUAUUAAAGGUGCCCUUUGAGAGCACGGAUAAUCAGGGGAUCGUCUAUACGUGGGUGGGAAGAGCUGCCGACCCAGACGAAGCCAAGCUCGCCGAGGACAUCAUGAACUCCAUGUUUGACGACACCUACAGCAAACAGGUGAUCAACGAGGGUGAGGAGCCUGAGAACUUCUUCUGGGUAGGGAUUGGCUCUCAGAAGCCCUAUGACGAGGAUGCGGAUUACAUGAAGUAUGCACGGCUUUUCAGGUGCUCCAAUGAGAAGGGAUAUUUCGCAGUUUCUGAGAAGUGCUCAGAUUUCUGUCAGGAUGACCUUGCUGAUGAUGACAUCAUGCUUCUGGACAAUGGAAAAGAGGUGUACAUGUGGGUGGGCACUCAGACCAGCCAGGUGGAAAUCAAACUGAGCUUGAAAGCUUGUCAGGUGUACAUCCAGCACAUGAGGUCUAAGGAGAAGGAGCAGCCCAGAAAGCUGCGUCUGGUGCGCAAGGGCAACGAACCCCACUGCUUCUUCCGCUGCUUCCACGCCUGGGGCGCCUUCAAGAAGCCGCCAGCGUAGGGAGUCCCCUGGGGGCGGGGCCAGGCCGG